AUGUCUUUUUCAGCAGAUAAGGUUAGCCACCUCAAGGGAGCCUUCUCCCAGCGGCGCUUUUCGAGUUCCAAGGACCCGAGUGAGAGCGAACUCGGUUCGUCCAUUCACCGACAGUUCCGCCAGUCGCACGAAGGUCACAAGCCUCACGCCGGUCUCGACGCCACACGCGCAUCCACUGGUGUCGUCUGGACUUCGGAACAAGCGUACAAGCACGGUUUCCUUGAACACCCGGAAGAAUGGGCCAACCUGGGUCAGGGUGCGCCCGAAGUCGACGAUAGCAUCAAGGGCUGCUUUGAGAGGCCGAGAGAGGUUGAUAUCAGUGCCCAUGGCCGAGAGUACGGUCCUACCGCUGGUAUCAGGCCGCUGAGAGAGGCUGUUGCGACUCUGUACAAUGAACAUCACCGAAAGUGGCGCAAGAGCCAGUACACAUGGGAGAAUGUUUGCAUUGUACCUGGUGGACGUGCGGGUUUGAUCCGUAUCGCUGCUGUGCUCGGCAACUGCUACUUGGGCUUCUUCAUUCCCGACUACACCGCAUACAACGAGAUGUUGUCGCUCUUCCGAAACAUUGCCGCCAUUCCCGUCCCCCUAGGCGAGGCAGACCAAUACCACAUGUCACCCGACAAGAUCGCAGAGGAAAUCGCCCGUGGUACCUCUGUCAUCCUCACAUCGAACCCCCGUAACCCAACCGGACAAAUGGUGACCAACCCCGAACUCGCUCAGAUCCAGAACAUCUGCCGUGACCGCGCAACCCUCAUCAUGGAUGAAUUCUACUGCGGAUACAACUACACCACAAACUGCGACGGCACCGUCAUCUCCGCCGCUGACAACGUUGAAGACGUAGACGAGGACGACGUUCUUAUCAUCGACGGUCUUACCAAGCGCUUCCGCCUCCCCGGAUGGCGUGUAGCGUGGGUCAUCGGACCCAAGGAGUUCAUCCAGGCUAUCGGCUCAUGCGGUUCCUACCUCGACGGAGGCUGCAACGUACCCUUCCAAGAAGCCGCCGUGGAGAUGAUGUCACCACCCCGUGUUCGCAACGAGAUGCGCGCUCUGCAAAUGCACUUCCGCACCAAGCGCGACUUCGUCAUUGGCCGUCUCCAGGAAAUCGGCUUCAAGUUCCCCUACAUGCCAAACUCGACUUUCUACCUCUGGCUCGAUCUCAGCAAUCUACCAGAGGGCAUCAAUGACGGUCUCAACUUCUUCCAGGCUUGUCUCGAGGAGAAGGUCAUUGUCGUUCCCGGUAUCUUCUUCGACUUGAACCCCAGUAGGCGUAGGGAUUUGUUCGACUCGCCUUGCCAUCACUUUGUUCGUCUGAGUUAUGGUCCUAGGAUGGAUGUGUUGGAGAAGGGUUUGGACUCCAUUGAGAGGAUUGUUAAGAAGUACAGGGAUUCGCCACAGCAACACCGCGCUGUGUAACAGCGAUAGGCCUCGUGGAAAUGUCCACUAGACGGUCAUAGAAUGGGUCUUUGGCGACGAUGAUAUCUUUCUGAGUAGUAGAAACAGUACAUUAUUAUAUACAACAGCUCAACAGUGGCUAAAUACAUACCAUGCUUCU